CAACCUAACGAGAAUAAAAAAUAUCUCUGAAUCUAAACUCAUAUUAAUUAACCGAUAAACACACCACAACUUUCUCACAACUACUCGAAAAAAAAAAAAAAAAGGAACGCAGAGGCGCAAACGUUCACGAACACGAUUUUGAAAACGAUCCCUCUUCCCCCCCUUCUCCCUGACCACGCGAAAACUCGUAUCCUAUCUCCCCGAACACAAAGCGGAUCAGUCGGACAAUCGGCGCGGAGGCGUCGGGACUCGUCGUCCCGCAGGACGAGUCGUCGGGUUCGAGGCCCCGAGUGCCACUCGGCCAACCGAGUCUCUGUCCUUCUGUUAACCCCCCCUCCUCCCUCUCACUCUCUCUCUCUCACUCCCCCCACCCCUCCGCCGCGCUCGCUCGCGAAACAACACCGAGAACACGCUCGAGAUACGCGCGCGCGUCGAUUUCCAGCAGAGGGAGAGAGAGAGAGAAAGGGAGAGCGGAGAGCUUCCGUCCUUCCCCUCCCCGCGAGUGCGGUCCCUCGAAGCUCGGUGGGCUCCAUCCACUCUCGGGAACUCAGUACUCUCUCGCGCCCCGAGCCGAGAGAAUCGCUCCUAUCAUCUCCUUCCUCUCUCGACCCCCCUCUAACUCUCUCCUCCUCCUUCGAUUCCAUUCCCUCCUCGCACAGUAGUAGAGCCGCGCUUCCUGCCUUCCGACCCCGCUCCAACACCGAGGAACACGCGCGCGUGUAUAAGAUUUAAAAAGUAUCGGCCAACGACGACAGGACACGUGUGUAUGCGUGUAUGCGUGUGUGCGUGCGUGGCGGAUAAAAGAGUGGUUUAAGCGAGGAGUUUGAAAGUUGAAAAAGUUUUUGUGAGAAACGUGGUGGUGAUUGUGGUUUUGUGAUUGCGGUGAAGGUGAUUGUGGUGGUGGUGGAAAGAAAAGUGGUGGUGGUCGUUUGUAAAUAUGGUGAAUCUUCGCGGAGACACACCCCCGGAGAAGACGUGACAGUAGGGGGAUGAGAGGAUCGGCGGUGAUCACGAUUCACAGCCGGUUGGAUUUAAGUCCCGCAGUGAGGGACUCUUGCCUCUUGGUUGGCUGGACCGGGUCGAAUUGAUGGCAAUGAUAGGCGCCAAUCUAAGAUUUGGGAUCGGCGCAUCGGGUAACGCGUCGUCAAACGCGACCAAGGUGUUCCAGUGUCAUCCAGGGGGCGCGACAGAGGCCAGCCUCAUCUUCGGCCUCGGCGCUCUGGGCAUGGGAGCGAACUUCCUGCUAAUGGCCCUGAUUCUGGCCAAGCGACAGUUGCGAAGAUGGUCACAAGGAUUGCUGUUCCAUCAGGCGAUGGUGGACUGCGCUCGGGCCGCGAUUUUAUUGCCCCUAGGUUCGAGCAUCCUCAACUGUCAACCGAUGACCAAGUGUUCCCUGGUCGAGACCGCGUUCCUACUGCUUGUGACGGUGUCCACCGUGAACAUGCUGACUACAGUGCUGAACGACAGCCCGAUCUUCCCCGAAACCGACGAGGAGGCGGACCUCGCCGCUCCUUUGCUCAUGGACUCGCCCCAGUGCGUUCUUUUCGGCACGUUCAUGAUAUGGUUCGCGAGCAUCACUAUCAACCUGGGCCCGACGUUUCUGAGCGGCGCUCUUGCAGCGAACACCGAGUCGGGUCACAACGCGCCCAGCUGCCCACUUGUGCACGGCCCGUUCCGCCAUUACAUACUCAACGUCCUUUGGAUCGCUAUCAACAUGAUCUGCGUCGCACUCACCCUCAUCCAUCUCAGGAAACUGCACAAAGAUUUGACCAAAGCGAACGUCGAAGCGGUAAAGGUAGCACUACUAACAAUUCUCGUGAAUACAACGGGUAACCAACAAACGAAUGCGGUUCCUGAAAAUUCUGCCGCAUCCACGAAUGGUGGCACGCCCAAGAGGAGCGGGGCAGCGGAGGAGCACCGAAAAAUGAGGAAUUACUUAAAGAGGAUGGAGAGGGAGGGCGUGCAGAGAGUGAAGAUGUUUCUGGUGAUCACCGCCGCGUACGGAAUCUUUUGGGGACCACUGUUCUUCGUCACCCUGGUGGAUCAUCCUAUCAUCGGUAAUCCAACCGGUUACGAGGUGACUCUACAUAUCGCGUACAUUCACGCAUUCGUGAACCCGGUGCUUUUCCUCAGCCUGCACCGUGGUCUGCGUCAAGGUCUUUCGGAAUUCUUCUGCGGCUGCUGCGAGGUGAUCGCCAGCUGGAUCCUGGGUCCAAGCAUACCCGUCGAGAGUGCGGUGCAACCACCGCGGUACCAAGAGCCGAUCGAGGCGGUCCCUUCGCCCCCCGAGCCCCCCCUGGUUCAGCCUAACGCGUGUCCAGAUCUGACGGACGUGGCCCUCCUCAAACCGCCCUUGCCGCCCACCGGCAAACACUUACUGGACGACUCCGUGAUCGUACCACCGGAUCCAUGGAUUCUGGUGUCAAGAUCGAAAAGCACGUCGAGCAUUUACCAGGAAGAUGUUAGUAGAAGAUCGAGCAUAUUAAUACCCCCGCCCCUGAAAUUAAGCGACUCGAAAGUGAACGUCAGCCCGAUUAGCAGCGAUCUCCCUAGCGAAUGAUUGCCUGGGAGAAAAAAAAAAAAAUGUUCUCGAUAGAAAAUAUUCGUUCGACCAAUUGAACUGUUCUGAUAAAUUAAUUUUAAAUAUACUCUUCUUUAUCGAUGAAUGGUAUAUAUUUUAGUAUCGUUUAUUAUUUUAUGCGAGAUAAGAAAUUUGUAACAUUUAUAUCGAAUCUUGUUUUCCAAGAUAUUUAUAAUUUCUGACAAUGUUUGUCAAAACUUUGUCAAACAAAAAAAAAAAAGAAAAAAGAAAGAAACCAAAGAAACUUGUGUCCAAUGAAAUAUUGAGAGUUUCAAAGUGUUCGAACAACUUUCGAAGAGGAAAGAAUCACAAAACGUUCACUUCUCAGUCGAUAAGACAGAGAUCUUUAUCGGAGACAUUCUUUGAGCAUAAAGAUUCUCCUCCUCCGUAAACGAGGAAGAUAAAAGCGUUGCCAAAAAGAAAAAAAAAAAAAAAGGUUCUUCGAGGAACCGUCCAAAAGUCUUCAAAAAUUGCCAAACCACGAAAAAAAAAAAAAAAGGGAUAAAAAAUAUGUAGGUGAUAAUCUUUCGUCGACAUUAAGCACGUUUCCAUGUAAAACUUCGCUUUCUAGAUGACUACUCUAUUUAGGUAACGCCAGUUUGAAAAAAAAAUUAUAAAAAAGAGAGAGAAAGAGAGAGAUGAAGAAAAAAAAAAAAGAAGGUAGCGAUUAUUAAAGUAGAAAGUACAGGAAGUAAAAAAAAAAAAAAAAAAAAAAAAAA